GUUGUGUGCCAUGCAGCUCGAGCCCAUAGAUGACCCUUGUUGUUGUUUCUGCUUCAGGCCUGGCUGAGGCAGAUGCCAACCAGAACAAUGGCUGCAUCUCGGAGAAGCCGGCGGUGACUGACUCCACGGGCGCUGAGGGCCCCCGCCAACCCUGGACCCCCGCCAGUACAGCUGACCCCGCUGACGCCGCUACGCCACGCCCCCACCUGGCCCGCCUCUUCUCCCGAGAUGCCCCGGGCCGAGAGGACAACACCUUCAAAGAGCGACCCUCGGAAUCGGACGAGCUGCAGACCAUCCAGGAGCACAGCGGAGCGGCGUCAGAGUGCGGCUCCGACUCCCCCGAACAGGACCUAGACUAGGAUCGCUUACAACCCCCCCCUUCGCCUCGUUCCUCUGU